AUAAGAUCCUAUAAGAGAAAGAGCGAUCAAACAAAGGUGCAAGCGGAUGAUCGCUCUUCGAGGUCUGCGAAGUCGCAUUCUCCGUAGCGGUCUGGAAAGACAUCGAGUGACAAAAGUAACAGGCAUAAAGAAGAUACACUUCUAUGAUUUCAUUGAAGAAAAACUGAGAAUCGUGACACAUUUAGAUGAACAGUACUCAGGCAAUCAACAAUCGUCAAGAGAAUUAUGUAACCACAGAAUGGCGACACUUGGGACUUUGACCUUUGAUAAUCUAGCGCUUCGAUCGCUGCCCAUCGACAAGGAAACAAAAAACUAUGUCAGGCAAGUAGAAGGGGCAUGCUUCUCACUAGUCGAGCCGGCUCCUGUGUCUAAUCCAAAGACUGUUGUGUUUUCCGAGAGUGCAUUGGAGUUGCUCGAUCUCCACAAGGCCGAGAUCGAAAGACAGGAGUUUGCUCAGUAUUUCAGCGGAAAUAAACUACUGCCGGGUACAAGACCUGCUUCUCAUUGUUACUGUGGACAUCAGUUUGGUUAUUUCUCUGGCCAGCUUGGUGAUGGAGCUGCAAUGUAUUUAGGUGAGGUGAUCAAUAGCAAAGGAGAAAGAUGGGAGAUGCAGCUAAAGGGAUCAGGCCUCACACCCUAUUCUCGUCAAGCAGACGGGCGAAAGGUGCUGAGAUCAAGUAUCAGGGAAUUCCUUUGCAGUGAGGCAAUGUAUCACCUUGGUAUUCCGACAACAAGAGCUGGUAGCUGUGUCACAUCAGAUACUAAGGUUAUACGUGAUAUUUUCUACAAUGGGAAUGAAAAGUCUGAGAAGGCAACUAUCAUCUUGCGUAUUGCACCAACAUUUAUAAGAUUUGGAUCCUUUGAGAUAUUCAAGCCUAUAGAUCCUGUUACUGGUCGAAAAGGACCAAGCACUGGCAGAAAAGACAUUCUGCUCCAGCUGUUAGAAUACACAAUAAAAACGUUUUAUCCCAAGAUAUAUGACCUCCAUUCCUCUCCAGAAGAACGCUAUCUAGCUUUUUACAAGGACCUUGUGGUGAAAACUGCUCGUCUUGUGGCCCAAUGGCAAUGUGUUGGCUUUUGUCAUGGGGUCCUUAACACUGAUAACAUGAGCAUUGUUGGCUUGACAAUUGAUUAUGGUCCAUUUGGAUUUAUGGAUGCAUUUGAUCCACAACACAUCUGCAAUGAUUCAGAUGCGGACAGAGGCCGCUACCGUUAUGGAGCACAGCCAGAGAUAUGCAAGUGGAAUCUAAUGAAACUAGGUGAAGCUAUACAUGAUGCCCUCUCUGUAGACCGGUCCUUGGCAGCACUAGAAGAGCUGUAUGACAAGGAAUAUCAAGGUGCCUUUCUUUCUAAAAUGAGGCUAAAGCUUGGGCUACUCAACAAACAGCAACCUGAGGAUGUUGAUCUUAUCGAAGCCCUUUUUGAAACAAUGCAUAAGACAGGAGCUGAUUUUACUAACACAUUCCGUGCCCUUUCAAGACUGGGAGCCCCUCAAGUCUCAAAGCAAGAAAGAGUGGAAGAUGUCACUGAGUAUAUCAGGCAACAGUGUCUUUCUUUGGAUGAGUUAAAACAAGCAAGCCAACCUUCCAUGGACUACAGGCAAAUUCAGAUGUUUCAGAUGUUAAUGCAGUCCAACCCAGGCCUUUUGGACCAGCUUGGGGGAGGCAUCAGUGUCAUAAAGAAAGAGUUAGAAAAAGUAGAAAAGUUAAAGAAACUGAGGGAGACUAGUCAAGAGGAAAAAGAUGCUAAAGAUACACACUUAUGGAACACCUGGAUUGAAAGAUACAGGUCAAGGUUGAGUGAGGACAUGGAUGAAGUUGAUAAUGUUGAUGAAGCAAAUUCUACAAGGGUGAAUAUCAUGAAGGCUAAUAACCCAAGGUUCAUUUUGAGAAACUACAUUGCCCAGAAUGCCAUUACUGCAGCAGAAAAUGGUGAUUUUACAGAGGUGAAGCGGGUUCUCAAGCUUUUAGAAAGUCCUUACAGUGAGGUAGAAGACGUUGCUACUGCUGAAUGUGUAGCUAAAUCAACUGAGCAAGAAUCUUGUGAAUUGGAAGCCAGUGCAUCAGCCCCUGCUUAUGACAGCAAGCCUCCGGACUGGGCAAUGGAUCUUAGAGUGACAUGAUCCUCGUAGUACCAAUGGCUGAUAAUUGAUGUUGAGAUAUUUCCUGAACAUCAAUUAUGCAAGUUGGUCCUUUUAUUAUUGAAUGUCGCUGUCAUUCUCUGUAGACAUAUAACUUUAGAGAGACUCCAUGUACAUUGAAAUACUUUAAAUACAAGAUUCACCCUAAGAGCGGAGUCCCUUUAAUGAUUUUCAAUUACCCUUUUCCUGAGAAUGCAGUUGGCAAAAAGAUGGUCAGUGGACUGAUGAGACGUUUCAUGCUUACAAAGGCUUGUAUGUUGAUGAUGAUGGCACAUUCUAAAACAAGUGAGGUCUGUGCUUGAUGGCAUAAGUUCAUUUUGACAAAAUAAGUUUACUUUUCAUUUUUCUAAAUACAGAGCUUCCUCUAGCCUGCUCACAGGCAGUUACUUAAAGUGUGUUUAAAGCACACAGUAGUGAUUCUUCAAGCCAGGACCGGAUCUCGUUUUGUUCUGGUUGUGUGUGAGCUGGGGAUGUUCUUGUUCAUCCAAGUAAAGCAAGAUAAAGUCUGUUGCACUAAAAUCACUUAGUAAAACCUGGUAGCAGGCUAGAUUUUCACCAGAGAUUACCCACUUGUAGCCAUGAGGUAAUACAAAACAAUAUUUUAAAUACAAAAUAACAAAUGGUAAUUUAUUUAUGUACAAUGUCCAUUUACAGUUGUACUGUACGUAAGUACCAGUGAUUGUUUUGUAAAUAAAACAUCAUAAUAAAUGCGUGUGAUCAUA